AAACAUUUUCUUGUCAGUUUGAUUCCUCUAAUGAUGCACUUUUUAGUGGUAAACUUCAAUUAUCAUUAUAUUUGUAUUUGUGUGUAAGCAUACUCUCAUGUAAUGGUACAUUUCAUAAACAAUCGACGGAGUAAAAGGCAUCAUUUAAAGUGCAUAAGUAUUUAUAACAAUUAUGAUGUAAUAGACGCGUAAUAUUGAAUAAUUUUAAGAUAAAUAUAUAUACAGUAAAAUAUUAUGAAUUCGAUUUCACUGUUUCAUUAUAAAAAGGAAGUCAUUAAAAUUAAGAGAAAUGUAUAGAGUAAACAUGGAACUGAGUUGUUCGUUUUUCAAUAUAUUCAUUAUUUUGCUUGUUUCUGUUGAUUAUACAAAAUGUAUGUCAAAUGUAAUAAGUGGCAAAAUACUUAUACCAGUAUCAUUUGGGGCUUAUGCUUCAUUGGAUUAUCCAUUCAUAGUAUUGUGGGGGGAACAUAUUUAUAGACCUUACAAAAUACCAUUUUAUUAUGGUAAGUAUAACGAUAAAUAUAAUUACUACUAUUAUCCUAAUUAUAAUUCGCAAUCGGUGGUACCCACUGAAUACAGUUCAUCAUUAUCAUCAUAUGAGAAUUAUGGAGAUAAUCAUAAUAAUGAAAUAUUGGAAAGUGAACGACAGGAGGAAAAUUUAUAUUAUUAUGACAGAAAUACAAAUGAUAAAACUUCACCUACCAGUCAAAAAGAUGAUCGAAGUUAUAAAAAUGACAAUUAUCAGACGUCCUUUUAUGAUAAUAUUAAAUAUACCCAGCCAGAUUAUAACGCAGUUAAGAAAAAUAAAUCAAAUUCUAUGUAUAGUAAAUACAAUUACAAGAUGCCUGAAGUUACAAAUUCACAUAACAGGAAACGCUUACACAAAGAAUUGACAUACAAGUAUAAACCUAAUGUACAUAAACUAAAGAAAUUCGGAUAUAAUGAUCAAUACAAAGUAUCAAAGACAGUUUAUUCUAAUGAUAACAUUAGAAAAUAUCGCAACAAUAACAGAAAAGUAAGUUAUCAAUCAAGUAAAUCUAAUGAUCACCAUCAUAUCGAUGAUCACUAUCAUUUCGAUGAUCACCAUCAUAUCGAUAAUCACCAUCAUAUCGAUAAUCAUCAUUAUAUCGAUGAUCACCGUCAUAUCAUUGAUCAACAUCAUAUCGAUAAUGAACAUCGUAUGGAUAAUCUCCAUAAUAUCGAUGAUCACUAUCAUAUCAUUGAUCAACAUCAUAUCGAUAAUGAACAUCGUAUGGAUAAUCCCCAUUAUAUCGAUGAUCACUAUCAUAUCAUUGAUCAACAUCAUGUCGAUAGUGAACAUCAUAUCGACAAUGAACAUCAUAUCGAUAAUCACUAUCAUAUCGAUGAUCACAUAAUUAGGUCUUUAAACAAGAAUAACGAUAAGUUUGCAACAAUGAAAUUGAAAUAUCAUGAUCAACUUAUUGAUUAUAUGAGUAAACCGGAUUAUGAUAAUAAAAAUUAUGAUAAAUUUAAUUAUAGAAAAUAUCAAAAUCCUAAACGUGUUUACAAGAAACCAAUGAUCAAUAGUCAAGAAAUGUUAAAUGAUGUUUAUGAAAAAAAGAAAUUAAAGAAUGGCGAUAAAAAACAUCGAGAGGAAUACAGUCAUGAUCGAAAUGAUAAACCAAAACCUGACAAUGAAAAGAAUUAUAUUGAUAGAAAAAUUAAUUAUGAUGAGGAGAUAAAUAGAAAAGCCCCAAAAAACAAAAUGGGUAAAUCAGAAAAGAAGAGAGGAGACAAUAAGGAAGAGGUUAAUAAAGAAGUAAAACAUCCAAGUGAAGAUGAUGUUAGUGUGAUUAAAGUGGUCAAUGAAUACGCAUAAACAUAGAGUAAUGAAUAUAAUAAUAAUGUAAUGAUAAUUUAAUCCUAAAUAUAAUAAUUUAAUAUAAUAAUAUGGUUGCCUUUUUAUAAUUCUCUUAUGAACUGUUGAUCAUUCAUUCUGAAAAUCAAAAUGAACUUGAAUGAAUAAAAGUUGAUAAAAUGAUUAUGCAAAGAGACAGGAGACCAAAAUUGCGUAGCAAACUUUAUUGCCAGUAGCUAAAUAGUGGUGCUUGUAGUUCAUACAAAUAUUUAGGUGAUCAAAAUGUUAUAGAAAAAAAAAACAAUCUUUUAUAAGUGACAAUGGUUACGUGAAUAAUUUACCAAUCAUAGCUUGAUCAUAUUUGGAUCUUAUUUACUGAGGAAAAUCUUACGUCAUUAUGUGGUUUGUACAACUUGAUUUUGAAUGUAAUUCUUACAGAAAUUGUAAAUAGCUAAUUUUGCAAUACUUUUUAUCCAUAAACUUGGUUUAUUUGAAGUUGGAUUUCAGAGACGUUUGUGCCAAAAUCUAGCUGCCUGUUUACUUUUAGAAAUUUAGAACUAAAUAAAUUCAAUUCUUGCAUAAUA